UGGCAGCCACACUGGUCGCUGUUGGCAACAAAAAUCAAAAUACAAGCAUAAAUUAGAAGAUAUUAAUUUAUUAACGAUAAGUUAUUGUGAGGAAGCACUUGUCGAAUUCAAAAAUGUAACUCGCCAACUUUGCGUGAUUGUAACUUCAAUUUGGAGUCAUGGGAAAGCAUAGAACCGCGCAGCAGGAUGCCAUAUUUGUUGCAUUUAUGGAGCGGCAUCCAAUCAUAUCGAAAAAUUACCUAAAAGGGGACAAGCAGGCUGCGGAGGCCGCCUGGAAAAGAUUGUCGAAAGAGCUCAACAGUGUAGGUCCCCCUGUCAAAGAGGCCUGCGAGUGGAAGCGAGUGUGGAAGGAUUGGAAGAGCUGCAUUCGAAAAAAGAUUACCAACAACCGUCUAGAGGACUCCAAGGUCACUGGCAAAGGAUCUUUGUACCAAGACACUCUCACACCUCUAGAGGAUGCAGUGGCUGUGAUCUGUGACUUGUACGAUAUGGCAGACACCAUCGUUGAAGCCCGCCCCAAGGCCCAAGUCGAGUUGCCUCAAGGCCAGUCUCGGCAAAGCAUAAAAUCUGACCACGAUGACGCCACAUUGUCAGAUAAUGAGGAAUAUGAGGAUCAGGAAGACGAAGAUUUCGAAAGCCCUAUCAAUAAUAGGAAUCUGGGUGUAAAGUUAGAGCCACGCCUAAUCCCUAAUACUCCCCGUAUUUCUCCUAAAAAACGAAAGCUGGAGGAUGAAGAUUCUUUGGAAACGGAGCACCACAACCCUGUUCCGGUAUUAAUGGACAUAGUUAAGGAACUGCGCGAUUUAAACAGACAAACCCGCUUAAACGCCCAGCGAACUGAAAAUAAUACGACGGCAUUAUUAGCUCUGGGCACUCAAAUAUCGGAGUUAAUGCAACAACAGUUGAAAGAACGCAAGCGCCUGAAUACCGUAAUGGAAAAGUUUGUGCUCAAAAUGGAAUCCACAGAGUAGCGCCACACAUAAACAAGGUUUUCAAUUAAACGACUCGUUUUUAAGAUACCGAAUGUCACCAAGUCGGAUCCGAGCUUGGCGAGCAACUAGGGGCUCAAUAAGUGCGCCAUUCCUUUCUGAAGGCCUUGAUGGAGGCCCACCUUUACCAAUCCAGUCCACAUCUGAAAAGGGAAGUGCGGCGCAGGCCUGCGCGAACAUUGCACCUUAACCUUUAUGCCCGCUCAGAUUGGAGACCGCGACCACCAGCAGCUUCCAGUAGCUCCGCGUGGCUCCCACAACGUUGCCCAGUUGAGCUGGUAGACAUUGUACACAUUGUGCGUCCCUACGGCCUAUACUUAGCGUUAUCACAAGCCCAAAGGAAUAUAAAAACUUCGGAGAAAUGCGGUUAUCCUAAUUAGUUAAAAUUAGUUUUAACGAUCCAAACAUUUUCCAACUGCAUAACUUACUACAUAAAUUAUAUUUAACUUCCACAGACCACCGCAAGGAUCUAUUUUUUUACAAUAUUGCUUCGAUGUUAACGAAUCUAGAAUGCAGUUAAUUUUGUGUUUUGCAUCUCAAAGUAGUUUUCGAUAGUUUAAAAAUAAAUAAAUGUGCUUUUAAAUAGA